CCACGCUCAAAACCUUCUCACACGGGGUGGAGGUGCCAUUGGGCCACGCAAUCAAGCCUUCUAACAGUAUUACAUCCUAGGCAAACGAUCAUUGUUUUGGUUUCACCGAUGAUUUGCACGUAAAUUAGGAAAGGGAAUCGAGUUUCGUUUCUCGGUUUGUAAUUUUUCUUUUCCCUUGUUUGUGUUUUUGUUCCGUUUUUGUUUGGGGCCUCUGAUCCCGUAUGUACCCGGAAAAAAAAAAAGGAAAGAAAGAAAAAGAAGGCCUGGGCACGCCUUGGCUCAUUCCUUUAUUCCGGCCGGUGACAUAUCGGCACGAGGCCCGAAUGAGCUUUCCAGCUCGGUGAAGGUCUAAUCAAAUGGAUACCGCCAUCGGUGCCCGAAGAAGCUCGGCUUUCCGGAUGGAGAAUCCCUUCAGCCUCAAGGUUUUCCAGGUCUUUACGGGAUUCGGCGCGGGUUGUGGGAUUGGUAUCGGCGUUGGCCGGCCCAUAUAUCUAGGGUACCAGCUUGACGAGACUGACAAUAACUCACAGUGGUGUCAAAAUUAAGUGCUUAUUCAAUUACCAGAGGAAGCACUGAAGAUCUACUAGAAGAUAUUAGGUGCCAUACCAGUACUGCAGCAAGUCAUGAGUGCCACAAGAGGUGCAACAGAUGCUUUUUCUGGAGUUGGAAGACAUGUUAAUGGCUCUCUAAAGAAGUUGGGGAUGAAGAACAUUGAAGCAGGUAUUGGAUGUGGGGUUGGUGUUGGCCAUGGCUUUGGAGUAGGACUUGCCUUGAAGCCUGGAGUGGUUCAUCUGAUCCAAUCUUCUCUUGAGCAAAUGAUGUCUAAGAUCAUGAUGAAUGUGGGUUCUGUUCCUGGUUUAUCUUCUGCCCCAAGCAUCAUCCCAGGAUCUGCUCAAAGCAGCAUUACUAUGCUAAAUGGGACUUUUGAUAAAAAAGUGCAAUCCUCAAGCGGUAGUGUUUUGGAUCUGGAAUCUGAAACUACGGGGAGCACCUUUCAACAUGCAAGAUUUGAUGAAUCUCCCCAUCAGGAACCUACACAUAAUUCUUAUGAAUCAAACAGGACCAUGUCAGAAAAAUCAAUUGGAAGUCACACUGAAAAGGUUAUCAACAAUUUCUUGCAGAAUCCACUUUUCAGAAAUGAUGAGGAGAUGGGGCUAAAUGAAGUGGCUGGGAAUCUACGAUCAGAAAAUAACGUGCUACAAAUUUUACUGAAACAUCAACAAGUCAUUGAGGAGUUGAUGGAGGAGAACCAGAAACUGCGCCAAAUACUCAUGGAGGACCUUAAUGUUCCACCUAGCAAGCUCCAAACAAACAAGGAGAGCAAGAUCAAAACUUACUACACAUGUUCAGACUGCUUUGAAUGUCGUAGAAGAAAUAGAAGAAGAACAAGAUGACAUUAAUAUCCCCAUGGUUCAUGUCAGCAGCACAUUCUUAUCAAGUUUUCUUAAUGUUUGUCAAGUUCUUGACCACAGACGCUGGAUUAUCAUCACUAGCAGCCAAAAGAAUGUUCAUGGAUAUUUGAUAACGUUUGUUCUGAUGUACAUCCUAGGUUGCUUUUCUGAGGUAUAUUUACUUCCCCCCUUUAUUGUUUUGUGAAAAUUAAAUAUCAUUUUCCUUCUCUGAUUACAAGGUUCAUGUUUUCUACCUCUUUAAUAUGAAUACAAUUUCCACCUUUCAAAUA